AUGAACCCGCGCCUCCGCAUCCUCCUCCUCCUGGCCGCCGCCGCUCUAUGCCAGGGUGCUCCGCUGGCCGGGGAGCUGCGCUGCCGCUGCCCGCGGACCGUGUCCGAGGUGAUAGCCACGACGAAGCAGGGCCAUAUGGUCUGCCUGAACCCCGCCGCAGCCUGGGUCAAGCUCCUGGUCACCAGGAUCCUCCGCAGUUCACCCAACAAGCUCUGAGGGAAGGAGGAUUUCGGAAUGAAGCUACCUGUUUGCCACCAGAUACCAGGAAACAGAUGCUAUGAGAACACAAUAGCUCAGCUCUCUGGUUUUGAUGAGUUUGUAGAUCAGAUGUUCUGUGUUUCGUUCCCUCUCCUCAUGUUUGUUAUUUCCUAAUCCUAUGUACGGUUUUAUUGACUGAGGUUAAGUGAUCGAACCCAUUUGAUAAGGCAGUGGGAGCUUUGCUGGACACCUCUCAGCAACAUCUCACAACUUGCUCCACCUUUGUGCAAGCUCCUUCUUGCCAAAUCCUAUUUGCCAAUAAGUUAUUUUAAAACUUAAGCAUUAAUAUCUGAGAAGAGGAUGGGCCCACCGUGAAGAUGAAUUUGCAAAUGUCUGCAGAGAGUGUGACAGGAGAGGUUUGAAUGGAUUGUGCCGGUGCUUGGGGGUAAUCCUUCUGUCAGGAAUAACAAGGGGGCUGUCUGGCACUUAACAUUUCAGUGCCUGUUCAGGAUUACAUGGGAAUAAAACCUGGUUCAAGAAAGAAUGUUUCGCCAAAUCUCUUUUUCCUACUCGGUCUCACCAGCCUUUAGUGCAGAAUGCACUGAACCCUUUUUUCACAGGACACCAUCCAAUGAAAUCACAAAUUUUGUCCCUGAAGUCUUCUGCCCCUAUUCAAUACUUAGAAGAGUUUAAUAAUUUCUAUGAAAUUGUGGGGGUUUGUGCCAUGCCUGGUUUGGUUUUUAACCGGUUCAUGUUGAGGUUGGUUAGUUGGUUUGUUUUUAAAUGAGUUUACAUUAAAGCAUUUGGUAUUUAUGUGCAAGAUCUAAAGGAACAGUAAAUGUUCUGGAGUGACUUAGACAUUUUGUGUCUACUUGUAUGACAUAGUGUCAUAACUCGUAAAGAAUAACUGAUUUUCAUUAUUCUGCUUUGGAAAAUUGUAUGUAAAGAGGUGGAUUUCUCCUGAUAAUGUAACAAAACAUAUGAUGCAAUAAAAUUU